AACGUGGAUUGGAACGCAUUAAAAUUCCUCUCAUUAAGAGCAAUGGGAAAAACUUUUUUUCAGGAGUGACUUAAAGAAUUCAGGCCAAAGGUAAAUGAGUGUGAAAAAAGUCACAAAACCGCCAACUUGCCUCGUUGCCGGCGGGACGGCCCUCCCCGCACCACCAACCAAUCACAACCAGCAAGAGCCAGCCAGGCGGCGGGAACUAGACCCGAGAGGCACAAACCGGAGCAUUCCGCCUGCGCAGCCGACUUGUGGUUCCGGGGUUUCCGCGACGACGCGCCGCCCAACCGGUAGGAGCCGCCUUCGGCCAGCGGGGCUCGGAAGCCAAGACCCGUGCCUCGACUUCGCCGCCCACGCCACUGACCACCCGACCCGCAGACAUGGUGGAAGUGGACCGCCCGGGGAAGCUCUUCAUUGGCGGGCUCAACCUCGAAACCGACGAGAAAAUCCUCGAGGCCACGUUUGGCAAGUAUGGCUGCCUCACCGAGGUGCUCCUGAUGAAAGAUCGAGAAACCAGCAAGUCCAGGGGCUUCGCGUUCGUCACCUUCGAAAGCCCGGCAGAUGCCAAGGCCGCCGCCAGAGAUAUGAACGGCAAGACCCUGGAUGGUAAGGCCAUAAAGGUGGCCCAGGCCACCAAGCCGGCGUUCGAGAGCAGCCGGCGGGGCCCGCCGCCGUCCCAUAGCCGCCCGAGGGGCCUGCUCGGGGACCGCGGCAGCGGUCCACGGCGCCCCCAGUCCCGGGGCGGGCCGGCGGACGACGGCGGCUACGCGGGCGACUUCUCCCUGCGGUCCUCCCGGGCCCCGCUGCCUGUGAAGCGCGGGCCGCCACCGCCGCGCAGGGCCGGCCCGCCCCCGAAGAGGGCCGCGCCGUCGGGCCCGGCCCGCAGCGGAAAUGGUGGAAUACACGGGCGGCCCCCGGCCACGCGGGGCCGAGACGGCUAUGCCGGCCCGCUGCGCCGGGAGCCGCCGCCCCCGCGCCGGGACCCCUACCUGGGCCCCCGGGAGGAGGGCUACUCGCCCCGUGACAGCUACUCGUCGAGCCGCGACUACUCGAGCGCCCGCGACCCCCGGGGUUUUGCUGCCUCGCCCAGAGAGUACACCUACCGCGACUACGGCCACUCCAGCGCCCGGGACGACUGUCCAUCGAGAGGCUACGGUGAGCGAGACGGCUAUGGGGGGCGCGACCGCGACUAUCUGUAUCACCCGAGCGGAGGCUCCUACCGAGACCCCUUCGAGAGCUACGGGGACCCGCGCAGCGCCGCCCCUUCACGGGGGCCCCCGCCAUCUUACGGCGGCGGCCGCUACGACGAGUACCGCGGCUGCCCGCCCGAUGCUUACGGUGGCGGCCGGAGCGAGCGCUAUUGGAGGGGCCGCGACCGGGCAGGCAGAGCUGAUCGCGGGAGGCUGCGGUCCAUGGAGAGGGGGUGCCCGCCCCCGCGCGAGUCCUACAGCGGGUCCGGCCGCAGGGCCCCACUAGGCGGAGGCCGCCUGGGAAGCUGUGCGGAGAGAGGGGGAGACCGGAGCAGAUACUAAGCACCAAGAGACUUGGGACCGAAAUCUGCAUUCAAAGAAGCUACCGAAAAGUAGAGACUGUUCUAUGGUAACUACUUAAGGACUAGCGCAAAGAAGAGUUGUUUUUACAAAGAAGCUGCCGAAAAGUAGAGACUGUUCUAUGGUAACUACUUAAGGACUAGCGCAAAGAAGAGUUGUUUUUACGUUUUAAGAAUUUCCUGUUAACUUUCUCUCCAUAAUUUUUUUUUUUUGUACUCUUGAGAGGAAAAAGUUAAAACUUGUUUUGAUUGCGUUUUGGAAUUGUUAACGUUUCUUUCAACAAGUUCAUUUAAAAGUAUACGACUUGAACCUGCGUACUAGUUUUCUUAUAUUUCCAAGUAGAAAUUCUCCUAAAGGCUUCCUUCCUUCUAAAUUCACCUGAUAAAUGAGGCCUAAAGUUCUAAGAUCUUUUACAAAGAUCUUUCUGCACACCUAAAAUGGAAAAUUCGGUCAUUCUGUCCAUUCAAACCAACUAGAUUUUUGGGAGAGGGGGAGGGAUUGGUGUGUUUUACUCCUAAGAUUUCUAAGUGUCUUUCAAAGUGAAUCUCAGUGUUAACCGUAUUAAAAACCAAACAGCCGACAGCAACAACAAAAACCACUUAGAUCAGUUGUAUAUGUAACGAAAGAAAGUUCUAUUCACUCAGUAAGUCUAAAAAAACAAAUGGAGAAUGCUGGCCACAUUUUGCCUGUUUUCUUAUUCUUUGGAAAUCUGCAGAAUCUCCUAUUCCCUUACUCCCCAAAAUACCAUUCUUGUGUUGAACUAGGAUGGAAUACUGUAUUAAAAAUUUGGCCAACCAGCCACAAAACUGCAAAACGCCCCUCAUAAAAUCAAUUAAUACCAUUCCCUUUCACCACCAACAAAUUUUAAAAAACAAGUAGAAAAUAUACCAAGGGUGGAUUUGGGUAUCCAGAUAGCUUCGAUUCCUAACUGCAAGCUACUUGCCCUUGGCUCUAGAGAAUUGGAGAAUUGGGAUUCUUCCCCUAGGGGUGGAAGAAUCAAAAGUAAGCAUCAUUAGAGCUCAGAAACUCAGAGGAUCCCUGAGAGCUUGGCAUUUCAACAUCUGAGGAUCUCAGCCUGUUAUGAGGUCCUCCUGUCCACAAAAGGCAAGGGCAUGGGUUGAGUGGUCUAUACUCUUAUGGUGGGGAGAAGGGCUUGAGCAAAGAUCACAGAGGCUUCCUCCAAAGUGGGUCAAGAAUAUGAGAAUCUCCUUUUUUCACCCCAAGCACAGGGUAAGAAACACCUUUUCCAUUUAGCUCCUGUGAAUUCCUCUGUUUAUCUGAAAGAAAGGUAAUUGUACAGUCAAGGAUCUCUAACGAGCAAAGACGGAUUGGGUCAAAAUAUUAGGAUCCAUGUUCAGUGUUAUAAUUGCUAGAGAAACAGAUGAACACCUGAACAACAACAAAAAGUCCUUAAAGAGACCUGAAUGUAACACACUCACAUAUAUGACUCUAAAAACAUGAUUUUUUGACAAAAUAAUAAAGUAGGUGAAUUACAGGAGAGGCUGCAAUAGUGGCCCAGAAGAUCAAAUGCAAGAAAUAGCUCAACCAAAAAAAAAGAUCCACGAGUUAACCUGGCAAAAAUGUGUAAGACCUUAAUGGAAGAAUUGCUAAUUUUUGUUAAAGGACAUAAAAGAAGCCUAAAUAAAUGGAGAUUCAUGUCUUGUCAUGGUUCAGAAGAAUUUAUCAUAACUGUUCUCAACCUUGCCAGAUUAAUUUGGAAAAUCAGUACAACUUCAAGUGUAAUUACAACAUGAUUUUUUUUUGCCACACAGCACCCCUCCCCUCUUCCCCAAUAAUAUCAAAUAUUUGUGUUGAUCAGCGAUGGAAUACUAAAUAAAAGAUUUGGCCAAUCAACCACAAAACUGAAAAAAAAUUAAUAGUUCCCAUUCACUACCAACAAAUUAUUAAGAAAUAGAUUUUUUUAAAGACACUAAUGGGAGAUUUAGCUAAUCCUAAAAUUUAUAUGGUAGAAUAAAGAGCAAGAAGAGCAAAGUAAUUCUGAAAAAAAAAAAUUAGAACUUACCCUACUGGAUACCAAGACUUAUUAGAAAAUUAUAGUAAUUUAGUAAAGCUGUGUGACAUCAACAGGCAAAUAGAGACAGAUCAAUAGACCAAAACAGCCUAGAAACAGGCCAAGCUGUAUAUGAAAACAUGGUAUUAUGACAGAUAGCUUUAAAACAAUGGUGAAAGGAUGGACUUUUUUUAAUGGCUAUCUCUGCAAAAAGAGAUUCCCUAAUACUAUACGCAAAAAUACAUUCUAGCUGGUUUGAAGAUAAAUGUGAUGUGAAGAGGAAAGAAAUUUAAACACUUAGAAGAAAAUAAAAUAUAUCACACUGAGGUAUAGAGUUUCUUUUUAAGAUAAAAAGCACAAACCUAGGAGGAAAAUGUUAUAAUUUUCCACAUUAAGAUUUUUUUUGUGAUAAAAGACACUGGUAAAGUGAAGUAUUAAACCAUAGAUUGGAACAAUUUAUUUGCAUUGAAAUAAUUUCCAAAAGAAUACUUAGAAAACAAUAAGAAAGAAAAAAUACCAAGAAAAAAGUGGGCAAAAGAACUCAUACCUUUCUGAUAGAUGUGUAAAUUGACACAAUCACUUUGGAAAUAAUCUUGGCAAUGCCUACUAAAGUUGGAGGGAACAUACCUUAAUGACCCAGAAAAUCUGCUUCAAGGAGAGGACCUAGAGAAAUUUGCACAAGUACACAAGGAGAUAUGCACAGGAUUGGUCUUUACAGCACAUUUUGAAUGUUAAAAGGGUAGAAAGACCCUACUGGAGAGGAUCAACUGAGAUUCAUUCUUCGGUGAAGUUCCAUGUAGAAGCUAAUGUGAAUCAACCAGAUCCACAUGUAUCAACAUAGGUAAAUAUCAAAAUAUUUGCUGGGUGAAAAAGGCAAAUUCUGUAAAUAUAGGUGUGCUAAAAAUAAAAAAUAUGAUUGGAGUGAUACACAAGAAGCUUUAGCUGAAUUUGUAAUGUUUUAUCUCUUUAAAAGAGAUGGAUUUUAAGCAAAAAUGACAAUGUUACCUUAAAUUUCUAUGGUCUGGGGCUUCCCUGGUGGCGCAGUGGUUGAGAGUCCGCCUGCCGAUGCAGGGGACACCGGUUCAUGCCCCGGUCUGGGAAGAUCCCACAUGCCGCGGAGCGGCUGGGCCCGUGAGCCAUGGCUGCUGAGCCUGCGCGU